CAACGGUUCUUCCAUAUCAGUGGGUGAAGAUGGGGUGUACCGUAAACAAUGUGGAAAUUCUGAAACGUUCUACUUCAGCACCACAAGGCCAGCCAUGGCCACAUUUUGUACUAUUCGAAAGUACGACUAUUUUGAUCCUUUUGAAAGCGAUGACCCGUAUGAUGCCUUAGUUGUAGUGCCCCCAGUAAGUCUCUACUCCGAGUUAACAACACAACAAGCCCGAGGUACCGUGUUGAUAUUGACAGAUCAAGAAAACAAUUAUGUCGACGUUCAACAAACCCAUGGCACUCUCUCGACAGUCUUAAGCCCUCCGGUCACAUGGAAGAAUGUGCCAGGUACAAGAUUCAAAGUGGGAACAUUGAGAGGUGGAGGAUCCACAACAACCAUCCGUUCUAAUUCUACCUUUGCCGUCCUUGGAUACGACCGCUAUUUUAUAUACAAUGGGGGAUACAGUUUUAGGACAUAUCCUGACACAGUGACCUCUGCACCAGAUGGAACUGGAAACACGUUGAAUACCAAAGUACCUUUCCAAGAGACCUAUACACGAGAUAGAAGCGGUAUCAAGUUAACUACGGUUGCUUCCUUCCAAGCUGGUAUUUCUAUCAACGCUACUACAUUGAGUCGUAGGCAUGUAGGAUUGUUAUCUUGGCUCUCCUGGUCGCCUUUAUGGCAUAUGUGUUCUACAUCCGCAGGACGAUGGUACCAGUUAAGAAGACAACAGAAUAAGCCGACCAUGCUCCCUCAACCCCAUGAACAUCUAUGCAGUGCCUGACACCGGAGUCGCCGGAUGGAGGUGCAGCAGGUGACACGUACACGGAGCUGAGAUUUAACUCCAACAUCGACGACAGUACUGCCACCUAUGUCAAUAUGCUAAAAACGUUACCACAAAUGCAAGCACGAGCCACCAGUGUUGACGACAGACUUUCUGAGUCAUUAUCGUUGUAAAUUGAAAAACAAUUGUUAAAACAUUUUAACUGAAAAUUCAUGUCAUAUAUAUUGAACUGUAGGUGUGUGUUAUCUGCGAUGUUCAACAAUAUUGAUAGUUUUGAGGAAAAAGCUCGCGCAGAGUCGGAUCACCUCCUGAUAAUUUGUGACGUAAUCGCUUCCGCUUCUAGCGACAGUAAUGAUACUGUGGUACACCGGUUCAAGUGCGUAUCUGGAGCAGAGGGAGAAGCAGAGAGAGAAGAGAGAGUUUUCAUACUUACCAGGUAAAUAACAUAAAGGAUGGUAUUCUGGAUGACUUUAGAGAUUUAUUUUAUAUUGAUAUAAACACUGCGAUUUCUAAACUUACUUCAAUAAUAUCAAAUUCACUUCACUCUAUCACCGGCAUUCCUUCCUUGUUUGAUCACGAUUGUAGAACUCAACUCCGAAAAAUACAGAUUUCCAAACCGUUUCA